GGCUAAGAUGGCGGUAUUUUUCAGUGUUUCUAUGGCGUAGAAGUAUCGUGUUCUUCAAUUUUUCGGGUUUUCAGUAGAAUAUUCGUCGUCAAUGAAUUAUGGAGGCUAGUGCGAGUACCGGUACUCGUACAAUGCGGUUUAUGAUGGAGGGUGUCGGAGCCCGAGUCAUCCGUGGACCCGAAUGGAAAUGGGGUAAACAGGAUGGAGGAGAAGGUCAUGUAGGAACUGUUAGAAAUUUUGAAUCCCCUGAAGAAGUGGUUGUUGUUUGGGAUAAUGGUACAGCAGCUAAUUAUCGUUGUUCUGGUGCAUUUGAUCUUCGAAUUUUGGAUUCAGCUCCAACAGGGGUAAAACAUGAUGGAACAAUGUGUGAUACAUGUAGACAGCAACCGAUUUUUGGAAUUCGUUGGAAAUGUGCAGAAUGUGGAAAUUAUGAUUUAUGUUCUAUCUGUUAUCAUGGAGACAAACAUCACUUAAGACAUAGAUUUUAUCGUAUAGCAACUCCUGGCAGUGAAAGAGUAUUACUAGAACCUAGACGUAAAAGUAAAAAGAUUGCAAUUCGUGGCAUAUUUCCUGGUGCAAGAGUUGUACGAGGUGUUGAUUGGCAAUGGGAAGACCAAGAUGGUGGGAAUGGGCGAAGAGGAAAAGUUAAUGAAAUUCAAGAUUGGUCAGCAGCAAGUCCACGUUCAGCAGCUUAUGUUAUAUGGGAUAAUGGUGCCAAAAAUUUAUACCGAGUUGGUUUUGAAGGAAUGGCUGAUUUAAAGGUUGUUAAUGAUGCCAAAGGUCAAACAGUAUAUAGGGACCAUUUACCAUUAUUGGGUGAACAGGGUCCAGGUCGUACAGGCCCACAUGGAUUACAAAUUGGAGAUCAGGUUAAUGUUGACUUAGAAUUAGAAAUAGUACAGUCAUUACAACAUGGACACGGUGGUUGGACAGACGGUAUGUUCGAGUGUCUAGGCACUACUGGUACUGUUGUUGGUAUUGAUGAGGAUCAUGAUAUCGUCGUAUCAUACCCGAGCGGUAAUCGCUGGACAUUUAAUCCUGCUGUAUUAACAAAAGUGCAAAUACCAGUACCAGUUACUAGUUCAAGUUCUGAUAAUCAAACAUUUGCGGUUGGAGAUUUGGUACAAAUAUGUAACGAUUUAGAAAAAAUUAAACUACUUCAACGAGGGCAUGGAGAAUGGGCCGAAGCAAUGGCACCGACAAUGGGAAAAAUUGGAAGAGUUCUACAAAUAUAUCACGAUGGCGAUCUGAAAGUAGAAGUUUGUAGUACUUCUUGGACAUAUAAUCCUCAAGCAGUUACUAAAGUCGCAAGUAGCGACGGUAGUGUUCCAGGAAAUAGCAGUGGAGAGCGCCUAUCAGCAUUGUUGAAAAAAUUAUUUGAAACUCAUGUCUCGGGUGAUGUUAACGAAGAAUUAGUAAAAACUGCCGCGAAUGGUGAUGCUGCCAAAUGCGAAGAAUGUCUGAAAAGACCUGAAGCCGAUGUAAACGGUGUGUUCGCUGGUCACACUGCUUUACAAGCUGCAAGUCAAAAUGGCCAUUUAGAAGUUAUAAAAAUUCUCCUCCGUUACAAAGCAGAUGUUGAAAUUGAGGAUAAAGAUGGAGAUAGAGCUGUACACCAUGCAGCAUUUGGGGAUGAACCGGGCGUAAUGGCAUUGUUAGCUGGUGCAGGAGCUGACUUAAAUGCUAGAAAUAAAAGACGCCAAACCGCCCUUCAUAUCGCGGUGAACAAAGGACAUGCUGGUGUAGUGCGCACGUUAUUGGAGUUAGGCUGUCAUCCGAGUUUACAAGACUCGGAAGGUGACACACCUCUUCACGACGCGAUCUCUAAGAAACGGGAUGACAUGUUGGCUCUGUUGUUGGACCAUGCCGCAGACAUCACCCUCACGAACAACAAUGGCUUCAACGCUCUGCACCAUGCCGCUCUUCGUGGAAAUCCAAGGUAUGUCGAGGUAUCUCUUCUGUGUUUCUUGCAUCUGAUGGUAUGUAAAAUAUUUUGUAUAAUGUAGAGUAAGAGGGGUUGA